AUGUGGGACUUCAAACUUAACGGCGGAAACCGAAUCCACCAAAACCAGCAACGUAACCAUCGUCUCACUCUACUCCAACUACCUCCGCAACCGUCUUCGCGCUUUCUACCCCUUCCAUCCAUCCAAUCUCCUCCGCUUCCUCUCCAACCUCGCCGCUCCUUUCCGAUCAAUCCACCACCGCCAAUGCAUACCUCUUCCUCUCCCUUCCAAUUUCCGCGACUCUUCCAUACUGAUUCUUCUGUUGAUGGAAGCUAUUCAAUUCCACUACUGUUUAAGAAGCUGCCGGAAAUAAAUCAGGAGGAUUCCCAGUGGACAGAUUAUAAUAGCUUCAAUUACUUGAAUCCUUGCCUUUGCAUAAAGCAUUGUGUCCAGACAUUUAAUGUGUUUGAUUUUCUGAAAGAUAUUCUCAACAAGGUUCCUGAUUUAGGUGGUUCUGGUGCGACGGGUGAUGAUCGUUCUAUCCCUAAGAGGAGGAAAGUUGCGGAAGGUGAUGAUAAUGACAGCGAUGAGGAGCAAAAGAGAAAUAAGAUGCUAGAGGCCAGAAAUACUAGUGGCAGAGGAAGGGGUAGGGGGAGAGGUAGAGGUCGUGGCCGAGGACAUAGAACAGCAGAUCAUGAUUAUGAAAUGAUUUCACAUGUCAAGUUUGAAGAUGAAUAUGAUGUAUUGAAGCAAAAUGGCAAGCACACAUAGCAGUGAAAGCCCGGA